CUUUUUUAUUGAAAGGCAGCGGAGACAAACAGGCACAUAAAUUUGCGCAUGCGCGUUGUGAGGAGGAAGCUCUCGCGUGAGUACGGGAUUACCGUCGCCAUUUUAAAAGGCGUGUUCACUGUAAGGAUGGAUCCGCUUUCUUAAGAAGUGAUCCUGAGGCAAUUACAGGAACAGGGCAACAGCCAUUUUGAUCAGGAUUUCUGGGAUGAGGAUUACUCUUUUCCCCCAGUAAACCUAUCCCCAGGUAGGUGGCUUGGCAGGUAUGAUUUUACCUGUUGGGAUGAAGUGUGACUGUAGUACACUCUAGCAGAAAGAGCCUGAUCUCAAUGUACAGCAAGGGUGGGGUUUAAAUUUCUCCAUCCCUGCACACUGAAACCUCUAUGAGUACACGUGUGUGUGCAUGCAUGUGUGCAGUCUUCAACCCAAUUGUGAACGUGGGUUGCCACCAGAAAGAGCCCCCCCCCCAGAUUCCCCUUGCCCAAAAAACCACCAGCUGAGAAAAACCCAAGGCUCCAGCCCACAAAAGAACCAAAGCUGGAGAACCUGAUCCUAAAGAUGGGCACAAUCUGAUGCAGAAUAAAUUCCCAUCUAGUUGCAUCAACCACACCAUUAUGCUUCCUCCUCCCUCCCAGUCAGUUUUCCUUGUGUGCCUUGACUUACUAGAUUGUAUGCCUCAAGGACAUGGGUUGCCUUAUUGACGUUGGUAAGCUGCUUUAAACACCCUAUUUAGCUGAAGAGCCGAGUAAAAACGCUUUCUGUAAAUAAUGAAAGCUUACAUAACCCAAGACAAGCCUUGCUGGAUCAAGCGAAGGAGACCUCUAUUGAACAUUUUCUUCCCACCGUUGGUGAGCAACCAGGUGCUGCUUGUAUUCUAGUCCGCUUUGUACUGCUUGGCGGCCGGUAGGUGGCGCCCAGUUGUGAGCGGGUCUGCCUCGCGCGUCGUUAAAAGGCCCGCUCCUGCGGCGCGAGUCUCGGCGAGUCUCCGUCGCUCAUGCGCGGAAGAGACUCAGGCCGAGCGGAGCGGGGCGGGGCGAGCCAGCGGGAGGGAGUGGAAGGCCAGCCGCGAGCGCGUCGAAGCCGGCCAGGGGAUUUUGGUUCUCGCCAUGCAGCAAGCAGCGAAGAAGCCGCGCGGAGCAAGGCUGCUGGGAGGGGCCACCGGCGUUUUGUAGGCCAUCCUGGUUGCGGCUGCGACGUGCCGGGCAAGGAGAGACUCUUUCCAUGGGGCUAGGCGACUGGCUGGACGCCUUGUGCUGCUGUUGCUGCCGCCGCGGGAGAUGUCUGGGGGAUGCUUCGCGUCCGGAGAAGGAGCCCUUGGUCAGUGCUCCCCCAGCUGCUUUCAGAAAACACUGAGGUGAUGUCCAGCAAGAUAUUUGUGUACCAUAUAGGGCUGUACAGUAAUAACAACCCUUAUGCUUCAUUUGGAGCAACACAGGCAUGGGAUGAAGAGAAGAACCUGUGGAGUGCCCCUCAUGACAUCUCCCACACAGAAGCAGAUGAUGACCGGAUACUGUAUAAUCUAAUUGUGGUUAGAGAUAAACUGGACAAAGAUUCUGAGGAAUGGCAAAAACUGAACUAUGACAUCUAUACCUUACGUCAGAUGCGAAGGGAGGUGAGAAGUAGAUGGAAACACAUUUUGGAAGAUUUGGGUUUUCAGAAGGAAGCAGAUACACUGUUAUCAGUGACCAAACGAAGCAUUAUUAGUGACUCCCAGAAUAUGAGCAAAGCCCGUGAGAUCCUCUUAAAGCUGUCUGAAGAGACUACUAUUUUCCCAAGAAGCUGGGAGCUUUCAGAGAGGUACCUCUUUGUGGUGGAUCGUCUCAUUGCUCUCGAUGCUGCUGAUGAAUUCUUUCGAAUCGCCAGCAUAACGUAUCCAAAAAGAAUCUGUUCAGUGAAAGAAGAAGACAAUCAGAAAAUGGCCCAGUGUAAUUCUGCUCUGUCAUAAAGUACCGUUAUCUCCGUACAACGAUCCCCCAUGGCUAUUCCCCAUGUUUGUAUUUAAGUGACAUUUUGAUCAAGGGUAAACAAAUUGGCUUCUACCAUUUCAUCAAGUUCUUCCUUAUGUAGGGUAUGUUGUGCCAGCAAAUUCUCCGUUGCCCAUCUAUGCAAUCGAGAUUCUAUGUUUCUUGUAAUAUUGGGUGACUCAUGUUCUUUACAACAAUGUUGUUGCUAUCAAUAUAGCAAAAAUUAGUUCCCAGCAGCAAAAGAAUCUUAUACGGGGGCUGACUGCACGAUACAGCAGCCUGCCACGGGUUCUUCACCCACAGAGAAGGUGCAGUGUGUAUGGCCACCAUUUUGCAUAUGCAAAUAUCAUACUGUGUAAACACAGCAUGGUUGUCAUACUAUGUACACCUGGCAAGCAUGGGCUAUCUGGAUUUGUAUCACCCGUGAUCCAGUUUAGAGUUUUGCAAGGGUUGUUUAGACCAGAUAUAACCUGCACUUGCCGGGUUUGCACAACAUGACAACCCCUACGUUGGGUUUGCACAUGCAAUCUGGCACCUGCUGGUGCCACAGUUCAUUGUGGGUUAAGUAACCCACCAUAAGCUACAGUGUAUCAUCUAAAUCUGGUUGCUGUCUUAAGCAGUAUUUUUGGCAGGUGAUGAAACAGAACAUCAAAUUCAGUUCUUUGCAGAUGAGACUUUGCUUAAAGACGUAAAACAAUCUUCCAUAGCUAUUUCGUAUUGAUCAGUCCCAACAAGCAUGUUCCACUGUUCCACUGUGAAAGAUUUUUGUGUAAGUAUCUAUUUUCAGAUAUUGUACUGGAAAGCAAAUAUAGCCCUCUUUUAUAGGAAAACACUCUAGAAAUUAUCUUAGGCCUGAUAACUGAGUGUAGGUGCUUCCUCUGCUCCCCUGACUAUUUUGAUUACAUUUUGAACUUGAACAUUCCUGUCUGCUUAAAGUUUGAUGAAAUUUGGGGCCAAAACAGACAUUAAUUUAAAUCCAUUUCUAACAGCAAUGCCUUCCCCCUCCCCUUUUUAUGCUAGAGUAUAUGCCAGGCCCUUAAUCUGGAUGGGACCCAUAAUAGGGAAAAGGUCCCAGCUUGGACUGUGGUCUCUAGGGCUGCUGUCAAUUAAACAUGAAAAAAGACAUACCUGGUAGAUAAAGAAAUGCUUAUUUUGGCCCUAAGCAUUCAGUCACUGAGAGGCACAAAAUGUUUGGCGUUUCUAUUUUCAUGUAACUGUUUAAACAAAUGUGCGCUACUUUACAGAAACUUACACUGUGUUUGCGAAUGAUACGAAAACAAAUGAUAUAAGAUGUUUUAAUAUUGCCUGUAUAGUAUCUUGCUGUUUUUUGUCUGGCAAUUAGCAAUAAUUUUAAACGACAGAUAUGCUGAUGGCUCAUCACCUUUUUUAAAAGCAAAAAGCCUGCUUCUCUCACCAAAUGGUAUUUGAUUUUUGUGGAUGCGACACAGUGAACAAAACAAGAGACUUUUUUAGUACUUAUAUGAGUGAUGUUCAUAUACUUUUCUUGUUGAGCUGUGAGUGUGUUUUGUCACUUUUCCUAAAAAAUGUUGUGUAUCAAUUAUUUACAUUGGUACCUUAAAUUAAUAAAUAAAAGUCUUCUAUGUGAUUAUUCUUUCCCCA